CAUCAUCAUCAUCAUAAUCCUUAGACAGCGCUGCGAACCAUUAGACACCCAUCACAAAAUUUGCUCGCUCGGCUCCUCGGCGUCUCCGGCCCCCAAUUGCGAGGGUCCAAGCCCGACGCUGUCUUCGUGGAACCCCAUCUAGAAGACGUAGGAGUCCGCAGCGUCAGCAACCAUGAGUCAAGGCAGACCGGGCCCGGCGCCGCGACGUGGCUCCGACAUGGUGGUACUGGUAAGCGCGUCGCACACAAGGAUGUGCGGCCCGGCGGCUGCCGUUGAACACGAGCGACAAGCGAGCGCGGCAGCCAUUGAGGCACCAACUUCGUCACGUCGGAGGUCGUCGUACGUCGUGGCACAGCAACCGCAGAACGCUGUGGUGACUGAAGAGACCAACGGGCAGGACUUCGAAUGUAACGUCGGCGUUGCCUUCGAGGAAGAAAGCCGGACGCCGAUCGUUCGCCUCGUUCACCAUGGGCCCAGGGCGUACGUGGAAAUGAUCGACCGUGAGGCUCAUUCCAACAGACACUCGUCGUCGCCGCAGCCACCCAUGGUGGUGAGCCGUUCACCGUCACCACUAAGCCGGACAUCUUCUCCAUUCAGUCGUCCCCCAACGCCCAUUGCACGCCCUUCGUCUCCGAAAUUCAGAGCCAUGUCACCAAUGCAGGUGGCCAGGCUGUCCUCGUACAGGGCGGCCAAUACCAGCAACGUUGGAAGUCCGAUGUCACCACGGUUCCCGCAGCCGGCACUUGACUCCCGGUGCAUCGGCCACAAGCGGAGCCGUUCGGGUUCGUGGCCCUUCCCGAGGUCGGCGCCCUCGUCAAGGCCCCAAUCGGGCACAGCGCUGCUCAAGAUCGUCGAGGACUGCAUGCUCUGUGCCAAGAAGAGCAAGAUGCUCGACGAACAGCGCGCAGCUCUUGCCGCGAGUCCGAACGACCUGCAGAGACGAAGGGAGGUCACCGAUAUCGUGCCCUCUGCGUGUCCGGCGCCCCCGGUCGGAUCGUCGGCGACAGCCGCAAUCGUAGCCGCAGCAGCAUCAGCCGCCGGCAUUCAACUGGAAGCCAACGGCAACGAAAUCGAACCCUGCCUGGACUGCCUGGAGGAGUUUGUGCGCCGCAAGCGAGUCGAGAAAGGCGAAGCUGGGAUCACUUCUGCGGAGCGGCUGUGCGAAUUGAAGGGGAAAGCGGGGCAAUUCCAGCGCGCCUCGUCGCCCCUGGCUUCCUCCGAGAGGAAGGAGGUUUUGAAGGCGACGACCGUCAGCAGUCGCGUGUCCACUACAGAUAUUGCCGUGAGCAAGCGUCCUGGCUCUCGAAACGCGCCCGCAGGUGGCGCCACUGACGGCGUCUCCUCAGCCUGCACUGGUCAAACCUCAUCGUCCAUCCAUCAGGGCCCCGCGUCCAGUUCCCCGCAGUCGCCGUCGCCCUAUCGCUGUCCCGUAUGCAACGCCUGCAAGUGCUGUGGCUCUAUCCCGCCGAACUGCAAGACCUAGAGUAGCCGAAAAAUUGCAAGCAGUAAAGAAAGCGAUGCGUUGCACAAAAUCUAUGCAUAGAUGGGCCACAAUUCAUCAAGAAUUCACUUUUUUACUGCCGUCGUCUUUUCAACAAUACGGUUCGAGUUGUGCUAAAAAAAAAUUGCACACUCAGCAGCAGAAUCGAAAAAAGGAAUCGGUUAUACAAUACCGCACGCGACCCAAGAGAAAUGUAAACACCUGCGAUCAGGCUUGUGACUAAAACCUCGGUGUAGACAACCAGGAAGUCCUCUUCAUUGCAUAGAAGUGUGCGUGAACCGACUACUAGAGAAAGAAAUUUUCGAUACUGUUACGCCUUUUUAAUUAAAUUUAGGAUGCGGAAGAUAGAACGAAAAGUGGAGAAAAAAUGGCGUCUGAGCUCCCACUUGCGGACGACUUUGCGAUUACCUGCGUGCUGCCGUCCUCAUUGAGAACCCGUAUGUGCGAAAGUGAAUAAAACAAAACAAAAAACAAAACCUGCAGAAACCGAGAAACUGUAUCACGCUAAUGAAAAAAAAGCACUUUCUUGGCUCAUCUAGUUCUAUGUCCCUUGUUAUUUUGGCGGAACUACUGAGUUACAAAUAUGGCAGGAUAUAAUAUGGCCACCAAAAAAGGAGGAAUACCACCACUGCAAAUUAGAGAGAAUGGGCAUGUACUUGAAAUGUCAAUGUUUACUUUAGUAGUACAGUGCGUGAGAAAAGUCGAAAUACAACUUAGUUAAUUUCACUUUAGAAACACUACAAACAAGCUCAGAGUGUGCUUCUUUACUACAGAACCUACGACUAAAGCGUACAGCAUCCAUUUGGGCGUGAGAAUGUUAGCAGCGUACCAAAUUUCUGAACCAGCGCAGCACAGAUGCGAAACAUCCCAUUUCUAGGUGGAGCAAAAAAAAAAGUGCAGUACUUAAUCCCGCCUAACGUUAUUGUAGUGGAGCCUGAAGUGCUGUGUUGGUGAAGGACGACUACAACUGAAGAGAACAAGAUGGAGGUGAACUUGUACUGCCUGGAAGAGCCGCAGAAGUGUUCGUAGAUGGAUCAGCUCUGAGCAGCCAGCAUAAAUAGCCCUUCGCCGUUGAAUUAAGUGGGGAUGUGACAAAGCACUAGGCGCUAACCCUUUUUUUUUUCUUGCCACGAGAAACAGUUGCACUCGAUAUUUUCACAAACCAUCACACGGUAAUGCACGUAAUAAUAAAGCCAUCGACAUGCAACAAUUCUUAUUCUACAAUUCUUGCUCAGAUUGGGUCCUGCAAUAUGAGUCAGUGACAUCUGCGCAUUCGUCAAUGGCGCUGUAUAUGUCCUGCUGGUGAUGAAAAUUGGUUGUACGUGUUUUUUUUUUUUUUUUUCAGGAGACGAAGUGUUCUUUUUUUAUCGGACGAUGCAUUGUAAAAGAAGAAAAGCGGUUGCUGGCAAGGCACUCUCCCCCCCCCCCCCCAAAAAAAAAAAAAAAGAGAGAAGAAAGGACAUUCACAGAGCAAAUAAGAGCGAAACUAAAGUGCUUGGUGUCCGGGUCUCCUGAGGGCCCCAAAACUAUUCGCGACGCGACAGGAACGAGGCUCUAAACUCUGCAGUGCUUGGCGAACUGCGUUCUUAUGCGAUGAAAAAAAAAAUAAAAGACGUCGUUCUCGAACUCUACAGCUCCAACCAAAAAAAAUUAUAGUUUCUUUAUUUUAAGCACGCUGUAAAGCCAUCCGUGAUAAUAAAACAAUUGUCACGAGAAAGCCUGCAGUCAAGCGAAUUUAUCUAUUUUCUUACGUGAGAAACGCAGGAACGGGCUCAAUAAGCAAACUGCAAGACAAACUUCAAAAACACUUGAUGCCUUUAGGACAGUGACAGUGACAAGAACUUUAUUAAGAGUGUCCUGAGGAACGUGAUUGGGGGAACCGAAGGUUCCCCGAUCAAGUUGGUGGCUCCGCCCACGACGGGACAGGGAGAUGGUGA